AUGAGUCCAAUGCUUCGAUCGCCGACAUGGCUGUGGCCGCUCCUGCGGACGAGCUUCUUCACGCACUGCGAAGUCCACGGCGACUCCAACAAGAGCGAGUGCAACAUGUACUGCUUGGACUGCACCGGCGACGCGCUCUGCUCUUACUGCCUCCCGGAGCACAACGACCACCGAUGCAUUCGGAGGUCGUCGUAUCACAAUGUGAUCAGGGUGUCGGAAGUGUCGAAGCUGAUCGACAUCUCCUCGAUCCAGACCUACACCAUCAACAGCGCCAAGAUCGUGUUCCUCAACGAGCGUCCGCAGCAGAGGGCCGGGAAGGGCGUCGCUGCCGGCUGCGCGACCUGCGGCCGCGGCCUCUUGGAUUCCUUCCGCUUCUGCUCCAUCGGCUGCAAGCUUGAAGGAAUGCGGACGGACCCGGAGCUGACCUUCGCCAUCCGCCCGAAACCCCGACGUGAGUGGACGCAAUCCGACGAGUCGAUGUCGCCGCGGAGGACGACGUCGUCGGCGCCUGCAGCCGCCGGUGGCAGCUCUGGCGGAAGCAGCGUUUCUUCGGAGACUACUGAUCGGCAGCGGCCGACGUCCCGGCGAAAAGGAAUGCGGACGGACCCAGAGUUGACCUUCGUCAUCCGCCUGAAACCCCGACGUGAGUGGACGCGUCGAUCCGAAUCCGACGAGUCGACGUCGCCGCGGAGGACGACGUCGUCGGCGCCUGCAGCCGCCGGUGGCAGCUUUGGUGGAAGCAGCGUUUCUUCGGAGACUACUGGAAUGCGGAUGGACCCGGAGCUGACCUUCGCCAUCCGCCCGAAACCCCGGCGUGAGUGGACGUGCCGAUCCGAAUCCGACGAGUCGACGUCACCGCGGAGGACGACGUCGUCGGCGCCUGCAGCCGCCGGUGGCAGCUCUGGCGGAAGCAGCGUUUCUUCGGAGACUACUGGUCGGCGGCGCCGGCUCACGUCAUGA